CAUUAAUCUUCCCAAAAUACUCUCACUCACUAUCAUGCAAUCAUGCGCACUUCUUUUCCCGAGAGCUAAGACAAUUUAGGCGUUGAAAAAAAUUCGCAAAUCAUUAAUAAGAACAGCUGUUUCUGCGACUAGCAGAAAAGCCAAGAAAGAAAACAGGAUUGAUAGAAUAAAGCGCAAAAAAGGAAUAAGGCCCAUUAAUUAGUUUGCAGCCUUGAGCAAAUCCCACAAAAUCUUGAGUAGGUGGUGGGCAUUUGAUGUGUGGAAAAUGGGUCUGAAUCUUUUGGUGGUGGUUUCACUGGUUCUUUUCAUUUCUUCUGGAAAUGCUUCAUCAGUUUCAUAUGACAAGAAUUCUUUUAUUGUCAAUGGCCAAAGAAAGAUCCUUAUUUCUGGAUCCAUUCACUACCCAAGGAGCACUCCUGAGAUGUGGCCAGAUCUUAUUCAGAAAGCAAAGGAAGGUGGUUUGGAUGUUAUCCAAACUUAUGUUUUCUGGAAUGGACAUGAACCUCAACCUGGCAAAUAUUACUUCGAGGACAGGUACGAUAUUGUGAAAUUUAUCAAGGUGGUGCAGCAAGCUGGACUUUAUGUUCAUCUUCGGAUUGGGCCUUAUGCAUGUGGUGAAUGGAAUUUUGGGGGAUUUCCAGUCUGGUUGAAGUUUGUACCAGGCAUUAGUUUCAGAACAAAUAAUGAACCUUUCAAGGCUGCAAUGCAAAAUUUCACCACCAUGAUUGUCAAUAUGAUGAAAUCAGAAAGUUUGUACGCAUCUCAAGGUGGUCCAAUUAUCUUCUCCCAGAUUGAAAAUGAGUAUGGACCGGUAGAGUAUGAACUGGGUGAACCGGGUAAGCUUUAUGCCCAAUGGGCAGCCCAAAUGGCUGUGAGUCUCGACACAGGAGUGCCGUGGGUGAUGUGCAAGCAAGAUGAUGCCCCUGAUCCAGUUAUUAAUGCGUGCAACGGUUUUUAUUGUGACUACUUCUCCCCAAAUAAUGCUAGUAAGCCCAAGAUGUGGACUGAAGCCUGGACUGCCUGGUUCACUGAAUUUGGAGCUCCAGUACCUUACCGCCCUGCGGAGGAUUUGUCUUAUGCAGUUGCAAAGUUCAUUAUGAACGGGGGCGCUUUUGUCAACUAUUACAUGUAUCACGGGGGCACCAACUUUGGAAGGACAUCUGGAGGUCCUUUUAUUUCCACCAGCUAUGAUUAUGAUGCCCCUAUAGACGAAUUUGGGUUAUUGCGUCAACCUAAAUGGGGUCAUCUGAAAGAUCUACAUAGAGCAAUAAAGCUAUGCGAGCCAGCAUUGGUAUAUGGAGAUCCAGCUAUAACUUCACUUGGACCAUAUCAAGAGGCUCGUGUCUUCAACAAGUCGAACUCUGGAACUUGUGCCGCAUUCCUUGCAAACCAUGAUCAACAUUCGUUUGCUAAAGUGGCAUUUGGAGAAAUGCAUUAUCACUUACCGCCUUGGUCUAUCAGCAUCCUUCCUGACUGCAAGAACACUGUGUAUAAUACUGCAAGGGUUGGUGCCCAAACUGCACAAAUGACGAUGACUCCUGUUGGUGAAGCGUUCUCUUGGCAGUCAUAUAAUGAAGAAACACCAUCUUAUGAUGACAAGACAUUCACAGCCGUUGGGUUGUUGGAGCAAAUUAACACCACAAGAGAUACUUCUGAUUAUUUGUGGUACAUGACAGAGAUCAACAUUAGUCAAAGCGAAGGAUUCUUGGAACAUGGAUAUUUGCCUUGGCUUACUAUCUUCUCUGCUGGGCAUGCUUUACAUGUUUUCGUAAAUGGUCAAUUAAUAGGAACUGCUUAUGGAAGUUUAGAGAAUCCAAAAAUAACUUUCGGCCAAGCAGUAAAACUGGUGGCAGGUGUCAACAAAAUUUCACUAUUAAGCAUCUCCGUUGGCCUUCCGAACGUGGGCCCUCAUUUUGAGACAUGGAAUGCUGGUGUUCUUGGCCCAGUUUCACUUGGUGGUCUUAAUGAAGGAACUAGAGAUUUAACAUGGCAGAAAUGGUCUUACAAGAUUGGUCUUGAAGGUGAAGCUCUGAAUCUUCAUUCAGUUAGUGGGAGCUCUUUGGUGGAUUGGGUUGAAGGUUCUUUCGUUGCUCAAAGACAACCUUUGACGUGGUACAAGACUGUAUUCGAUGCUCCUGAUGGAUAUGAACCAUUAGCAUUGGACAUGAGUACAAUGAGUAAAGGACAGAUAUGGAUAAAUGGUAGAAGUAUUGGACGCCAUUGGCCAGGGUACAAAGCAUCUUCCAAUGGUUGUAGCUUCUGCAACUAUGCUGGUUGGUUUGACGAAAAUAAGUGUCUUGGCAGCUGUGGGGAAGCUUCACAAAGAUGGUACCAUGUUCCUCGGUCUUGGCUACGUCCGUCGGACAACCUGUUGGUAAUUUCCGAGGAAUGGAGCGGCAGUCCCUUCGGCAUCUCUUUGGUGAAACGAGAGGUAGGAAGCGUCUGUGCGCAGAUGUACGAGUGGCAACCUCAGCUGAUGAACUGGCGGCUCCAAUCCUCGGGAAAAGUUAACAGGCGGCUCAGGCCUAAGCUUCACCUCUCGUGCGGUUCUGGAGGAAAGAACAUUACCUCCAUCAAAUUUGCCAGCUUUGGAACGCCAGAGGGAAAAUGCGGGGAGUUCCGACAAGGAGCCUGUCACGCCAUCCAUUCUUAUGAUGUUUUCCAGUCAUGCAUAGGGUGGAGUUCAUGCACAAUACUUGUAGCCCCCGAGGCAUUUGGAGGUGAUCCAUGUCCUGAUAUCAUGAAGAAAGUUGCCGUUGAGGUUGUUUGUAGUGACAUCCGUUCGGAGGGACGAUGAACCUAAACAGUUUUUCGAAUGAGCUUGAGAACCUGUCAUUCCUAACCUAGGCUAGCACAAGAACAAUUUUUAACACAAAAAGGCUCCAUUCUUUUUAAAUUUUAAGCCAAUGCUUAAUUAUUCCAUUGUUAAUUAACCAGCCUACUAGUGCAGCUUAAAGUCACAUGUUUGGUUCUGGACUUCUGGUGACCCAAUCCAUGUAAUACGUACAUAAUGCUCUGUAUACAUUAUUUCUCAUUCAGGCACUAGUGAAGCCACAUUUGCAUAUAUGGCUUAUGUUUCAAUAAUAUGCAGCUUGCUUCAAACUUACAUGACAUUACAAAAACGCAUACUAGUUUUAGCACCUUACUUGAAUUUAUACUUUUACUC